CGAAUGAAGGGGCUCUGGGGCAUCGUCAGCUGGAGGCCGUCCGCAGGUUCGAGGGACAUCAUCUCGGCGGAAGGUGCGAAUUAAAUUCCCUCUGUGUUCGCACUGAGAAUGAAAGCGACUAACAGCUCUUUGCUGUAGUUGACGUCACUUGGCGUAUUGCUGACGCUUUUAAGUUUUAUCCAGAAAGAUUUACGACGUUGGGCGGCAGAGGUUUUCGUACAGGUUAGCUCCGUUAUACCUUGCGCAUCGGUGCACCAAGCAGGACAGCGUCACUGUUGAUGACGAUGGCGGCACGUACGAGAUACUGUCAGCGAUGCGACAGGGCGGUGAUUUAAACAGCAGACGAAGGGGAAGGAAGACGAGAGGGAGGGGCAAAAAUACAGAAGUGAGCGGUGCAGCAGAAACUGUCAUUCAGACACCCAGACUGCGAGGCCAUUGGCGAGAGUGGCAGAGGACAAAGGCCAAAUUCCGUGGAAAGAAGCGAAGGCCCGGGAUUCAUCAUGGCACCCUGGACGAAAACCACCACGGACAGAUACGGCGUAGUUAAAUGGAACUUCAAAGGAACUACGGAGAAGCAUCUGUCACUGGAGAUUGGGGACACCGUGCACAUCCAGGAGUCAUGCGAAGGGUGGUACAGAGGCUACCUGACCAAGAACAAGGCCCAGAAGGGAAUGUUUCCAGCCAGCUUUGUCCACGUGAAGGAGGUGAUCAUCGAGAAACGAGGGGGACAGGAAGUUGUGACCUCAGCAGAAAUGCCUCUGGUGAAAGAGGUGACCACCACCUUGCGGGAAUGGGGCAGUAUCUGGAAACAGCUGUAUGUGGCCAACCAGAAGGAGCGUGUGAGUCAAGUGCAGAGGCUAAUGUGGGACUUGAUGGAGUGGCGCUCGCAGUUGCUGUCAGGCACGUUGCCCAGCGAUGAGUUCAAGGAGCUCAAGCAGAAAGUUACCUCCAAGAUCGACUAUGGAAACAAGAUCCUAGAACUUGACCUUGUCGUUCGAGACGAGAAUGGGAAUAUACUGGACCCAGACAAAGCCAGUGUAAUAAGCUUGUUCCGUGCCCACGAAGAUGCCAGCGCGAAGGUCGCAGAGCGCAUCAAAGAGGAGCAGUCUAAUGUCCAGGCGGACCACUCUGGGAUAUCAGCCCGCAUCCAGUCUUCUCCCACUCACAGUCUUUAUGUCUUCGUCCGCAACUUUGUGUGCCGCAUCGGUGAGGAUGCAGAGCUCUUCAUGUCUCUCUACGACCCCAUCAAGCAGACCAUUAUCAGUGAGAACUAUCUAGUGCGCUGGGGAAGUAAAGGCUUCCCCAAGGAGAUUGACAUGCUCAACAACCUGAAGGUGGUCUUUACUGACCUGGGCAACAAGGACUUGAGCAGAGAGAAGAUCUACUUGAUCUGCCAAAUAGUGCGUGAAGGGCGCAUGGACCUCCGGGACACCAGCACGAAGAAGUUAACUCAGGGUCUGCGGAGGCCUUUUGGGGUGGCAGUUAUGGACAUCACUGAUAUCAUCAAAGGAAAGAUUGAGUGCGAUGAAGAGAAGCAGUAUUUCAUCCCAUUCCACCCUGUCCUGGCAGAGAAUGACUUCCUCCACACCUUGCUCAACAAGGUGACAGCAUCACGAGGAGACAGUGGAGGCCAAGGGUUGUGGGUGACUAUGAAGGCCCUGGUGGGUGACAUGGUGCAGAUUCGGAAGGAGUACCCACACCUGGUGGACCGCAGCACCGUGGUGGCACGCAAGCUUGGCUUCCCCGAGAUCAUCAUGCCUGGAGAUGUGCGCAAUGACAUCUACCUGACCCUUGUCGCUGGUGAUUUUGACAAGUACAACAAGACCACCCAGAAGAACGUAGAGGUCAUCAUGUGGGUGUGUGACGAGGAGGGCAAGGUAGUGCCGUGUUCAAUCUGUCUUGGGGCAGGAGACCGGCCCGUGAGCGAGUACAAAUCCGUCAUCUACUACCAGGUGAAGCAGCCACGCUGGAUGGAGACGUUCAAGGUGGCCAUCCCACUGGAGGAGAUGCAGCGGAUACAUCUGCGUUUCAUGUUUCGCCAUCGUUCCUCGCAAGAAUCAAAAGACAAAGGCGAGAAGAACUUUGCAAUGGCAUUCGUGCGUCUGAUGAAGGAAGACGGGACGGUGCUGCAGGAUGGCCUUCAUGACCUUGUGGUCUUCAAGGGGGACAGUAAGAGGAUGGAGGAUGUGACGUCAUACUUGUCCCUGCCGUCGACACGCACCCAAGGGGACAUCCACAAGGGAACGGGACUGAUGCGGAGCUCCAGCAGUGUGGGGGCGCUGUCUGUUAGCUCCAGGGACAGCUUCACCAUCUCUACACUCGUGUGCUCCACAAAACUGACACAGAACGUGGGUCUGCUGGGGCUGCUGAAAUGGAGAACCCGUCCCGACUCCCUAAAGGAAAACCUGGAGAAGCUGAAGUUGAUUGACGGGGAGGAAGUAGUGAAGUUCCUGCAGGACACAUUGGAUGCGCUCUUCAACAUCAUGAUGGAGCACUCGCAGACAGACGAUUACGACAUCCUUGUGUUCGACGCCCUGAUCUACAUCAUUGGUCUGAUUGCUGACAGGAAGUUCCAGCAUUUCAACACUGUGCUGGAGGCCUACAUCAAACAGCACUUCAGUGCAACACUUGCUUACAAGAAGCUGAUGUCAGUGCUGAAGACCUACCUGGAUAUUUCGAGUCGGGGGGAGCAGUGUGAGCCCAUCCUGCGCACACUCAAAGCCCUGGAAUACAUCUUCAAAUUCAUUGUGCGCUCCCGCAUGCUCUACUCACAGCUAUACGAAGGCAAGGAGCAAAAGGAGUUUGAAGAGUCUUUGAAACGACUCUUUGAGUCCAUCAACAAUCUGAUGAAGAGCGAACAGGACACCACUGUCUUGCUGCAGGUGGCUGCUUUUAAGUACGUGCCCACGGUUCUGCACGAUGUGGAGAUGGUAUUUGAUGCCAGACUGCUCAGCAAGCUCCUAUAUGACUUCUACACCUGCAUACCUCCAGAGAAGCUGCAGAAGCAUAAAGUGUCUUCCAUGACAGAAAUUGUAGGCAGCAAGCUUUUUGAGAAGCAAGCGUGCCGUGAUGUCCUUCUACCCAUGAUGCUGCGUGAGCUCAGCGGGGCACUGCUACAGGUUAAGGAAGGACAAGAUGAACGCAGGAACAGUGUGGAGUUGCUUAACAACAUCCUGCAGGUUCUGAGCAAGAAAGACGUGGGUGACACUUUCAAGCACGUGGAGGACGUUGUGAUCGCCCUCCUGAGGACCAUCAACCAGACAGUCAUCACCAUGGGUCGAGAGCACCCCCUCAUCUCUCGGGUGGUAGCCUGCAUGACAGCCAUUCUCAAUCAGAUGGACGACCGCCACUAUUCCCGUUACAUCGAGACUUUCCCAGGCAAUACAGACCUGGUGGACUUCCUGAUGGAGACCUUCCUGCUGUUUAAAGAUCUGAUUGGAAAGCAUGUAUAUCCUUCAGACUGGAUGACCAUGAUCAUGGUGCAAAACAGAGUCUUUCUCAGAGCCAUAAACACCUAUGCUGACACCAUGAACCUCAAAUUCCUGGACAACAACAACUUUGAAGUUCAGUUAUGGAACAACUAUUUUCAUUUGGCUGUGGCAUUCAUUACCCAGGAGUCCCUGCAACUUCAACACUUUUCUCCUACCAAGCGGAACAAGAUUCUGACAAAAUAUGGGGACAUGCGAAGGUUGAUUGGCUUUGCUAUUCGAGACAUGUGGUACAAACUUGGGAGCAAUAAGAUCUGCUUCAUCCCGGGGAUGGUGGGGCCCAUGCUGGAGAUGACGCUGAUCCCUGAAGAGGAGCUGCGGAGAGCCACCAUCCCCAUCUUCUUUGAUAUGAUGCAAUGUGAGCACAGCCACUCUGGCAACUUCAAAAAGUUUGAGAAUGAGAUUAUUCUGAAGCUGGACCAUGAGGUGGAAGGAGGAGGAGGUGAUGAACAAUAUAUGGACCUGCUACAGGGCAUUCUGCUGGAGUGUGCAUCGCAGCACGCCCAGCUGGUCUUGCAGGUGCAGCACUUCGUAACGCUGGUUAAGGGGCUGUUGGAGCGCUUGCUGGACUACAGGGCUGUGAUGAGCGAUGAGAGUCGCAACAAUAGGAUGAGUUGCACUGUCAAUCUACUGAAUUUCUACAAGGACAUAAACCGUGAGGGCAUGUACAUCAGGUACCUUUACAAGCUGAGAGACCUUCACUUGGACACGGAAAACUACACGGAGGCAGCCUACACUCUGCUUCUACACUCUCGUUUGCUGAAGUGGUCUGAGGAGCAGUGCCUUCCCCAGAUGGACUUCCACAGUUCGCAGACUCAGCGUCAGCUGAAGGAGUCACUGUACAACACCAUCAUUGGAUACUUUGAUAAGGGCAAGAUGUGGGAGGAAGCGAUAGGUCUUUGCAAGGAGCUGGCCGAACAGUAUGAAAUGGAAGUUUUUGACUACGAGCUUCUGAGUCAAAGUCUGAAGCAGCAGGCAAAGUUCUACGAGAACAUAAUGAAAAUCUUGCGGCCCAAGCCAGACUAUUUUGCAGUGGGAUACUAUGGCUGUGGCUACCCGCCCUUUCUCAGAAACAAGGUAUUUAUUCACCGGGGCAAGGAGUACGAGCGCAGAGAGGACUUCCAGAGUCAGCUGAUGAGCCAGUUUCCCAGCGCUGUGCGUCUCAACACCACCACCAUGCCUGGGCCAGACAUAAGGAACUCCCCCAUACAGUAUAUCCAGUGUUUUACUGUCCAGCCAGUUUUGGAAAUUCCGCCGCGCCUCAAGAACAAGCCUGUGCCAGACCAGAUCAUCAACUUCUACAAGUCAAACUACGUACAGCGAUUCCACUACUCCCGGCCAGUGCGGAAAGGCUCCGUGGACCCCGACAAUGAAUUUGCAUCGAUGUGGAUCGAACGUACCACCUUCUACACAGCCUAUAAACUUCCAGGAAUUCUGCGCUGGUUUGAGGCAAUCUCCAUGACACACACAACAAUCAGCCCAUUGGAAAAUGCCAUUGAAACAAUGGAGACUACCAAUGAAAAGAUCCUGACCAUGAUCAACCAGUACCAGGGUGACGACACUCUUCCCAUCAAUCCGCUCUCCAUGUUACUCAAUGGGAUUGUGGACCCCGCAGUCAUGGGAGGCUUUGCCAAGUAUGAGAAGGCGUUCUUCACGGAAGAAUAUAUUCUGCAGCACCCAGAGGACAAAGACAAGUUGUUCCGCCUCAAAGACCUCAUUGCCUGGCAGAUUCCUUUGCUGGGAGCUGGGGUCACUAUCCAUGGAAAAAGGGUGAUGGAUGACCUGAAACCUUUCCAUGAACGCAUGGAGGAGUGUUUCAAGCAACUGAAGAAGAAGGUGGAGAAGGAGUAUGGAGUGCGAGAGCUGCCGGACAUAGAUGAACGGCGGUCCAGUAGGCCCCGCUCCAUGCUGCGUUCGUACCGACAAUCCAUCAUCUCCAUAUCUUCACUGGGGGGGUCUGAGUGUGGCACCCCUACCAAAUCCCACCCAGAAAGCACCACUGUAUUGGAGACUCAGUCCUCCUUGACCCACACCCUGGAGAGGAGAAGCGGGAGCAUCAGCGUGAUGGACGAAGCAGGGACUGAGGUGGAGGUGAGGCUGCGGAAAUCUAAGAGGAGGAAGAAGAGAAGCAGCAUGAUCAUCCCCGAAGAGAAAGAAAGAAUCAGCCCAGUAGACUGCAAGAGGCUGUCAAAGAAGCAGGAAUUCCGCAGUGACACCAACCUGUCGGAACCCAGUGAGGCCAGUGUCUCAUUGACCAAUGCCAACUCCAGAUCACUGCCAACCAUCACAGGUAUGUCCCUCUCUGUGCCCAGUGUAGGGGACGAAGGUGAGAUGACCCGCUCUCGACGGGACAGUAAAAGCAUGUCUGUGUGCCUGCCCACUGAUCGCACACCUGACCGCCGCUCGAAAGGGGUCAUCAACCUGUUUUUCAAAACCAAGAUGGCUCCCAAGCAAGAAGAAGGAAAGCCAUCAGCUGAACUGGCUGGUGAGAAACAUGUGAACCAUUUCUAAGUGGAAACCCAGCAUCUCAUCUUAAGUCUUUUUCAUAUGCAAACAUAUAAUUAAGGAAAUUAUCUGUACACAGUUCCAUUGUCAUGGUGACUUUUUUUAAUGUGCUGGAUACAUUUUAGAGUUUUUUUUCUUUUUUUUAAACUCACCAGCUGUGGUAACCAAUCACACAUUUAUUUUAUUACAGCUCUGAAGUUUGUUUGAUUUGGUUCUGUGGUUUCUUUUUGUUUAUGGUUCUUUGGUAGUCUGUUAAAUGGGAGUAUGUGAUCCUAUCUGCCUGCUACAGAAAGACAGAUGCAUGACUGAAACAGUAUUGUCCUUGUGUGAUUGACAUCUACUGUAACUGCCUUGUCAAAAUAAAUGUACUUUACUA